UACUCUGGUGGUGAAGGGCGUCGUGCUAGCGGCGGUGGCUACGGCGACAGUUACUCUGGUGAAGGACGUCGUACCGGCGGCGGCGGCUAUGGAGACAGCACUGAUUACUCUGGUGAAGGACGUCGUACCGGUGGGGGCGGCGGUGGUUACGGAGACAGUUACUCUAGCGAAGGACGUACUGGACAUGUCGGUGGCGGAGACAGUUACUCGGAAGAAGGACACGGCGGCCGUGGCGAGACCACUGCUUACUCUUCUGAUGAGCCCUACGGCGGACGGUACAGCGAGACAUCUGAAACCUAUGGGUCUAGUGACUCUGGAGACUACAAGAAGCAGGAGAAGCACCACAAACAUCUCGAGGAACUUGGGGAGCUAGGUUCUGCUGCUGCUGGCACUUAUGCAUUGUAUGAGAAGCACGAGGCAAAGAAAGACCCAGAGCAUGCUCGCAGGCACAGGAUAGAGGAGGAGAUUGGGGCAACAGGGGCAGUUGGUUCGGGUGGGUAUGCCUUCCACGAGCAUCAUGAGGAGAAAGAGUCAGAGAGAGAAGAGGAAGAGUCUCAUGGAAAGAAGCAACACCACCUCUUCUAAAUAAUCUCAAUUAAUCAAUAUCGAUCUUUAUUGAUUACCUAUUUAAGUGGUUUAUUUGUAUGCAUCCCUUUAAUUAUUUGUGUGAUGUUUAAUUAUGAUGAAUGCUCAGUAUUUUGUUUCUGAGAAUUGAUGCAUGUUGAGUGUAUAAGUAAGACUCUUUGUUUAAAGGGUACUGUAUAUAUCCUGUUUUCUUUUAGCAUGUCAUGUAUUUAAUUGUUAAUCGUUUACUCGGUGUAACUUUUAUAUAAUUUUUUAGUGGUAUUAAUUUUUUUUCUUUUAUACAAGCAAUAUUGAGCAAGCGGGGAA